AUGGCGACCGUCGCUUUCUCGCAGUAUGCCAAAAGCCUCAAUCUCUCCUCCAACCACACCUAUAGUUAUGUAUACAUCCCAUGUUCCGUACCAUUCCUCUCCACCGUGUUGUUCUUGCAUGGAUUUCCAUCAUCUUGCUACGAUUGGCGUCAUCAAAUACGCUAUCUUCAAGGUUGCGGAUAUGGCAUCCUCGCCCCAGAUCUACUGGGAUAUGGAGGGACCAGCAAACCCGCUUCGGCGGAGCAAUACAGGACCAAGAGAAUGGCAGGGGAAAUAGCCGAGAUCCUAGCACACGAAAAGCUCGAGAAGGUCCAUGCGGUUGCCCACGACACGGGGUGUACUUUGCUUUCUCGUAUCGCAGAUUACCACCCAAAUGUGCUCCUGUCAGCCACAUUCUUGGCGGUGCCGUACUCUAGAUCUGGCGAGAAGUUCAAUCUGCAGGCUGUGAAUGAUAUGACCAAACAGAUCUCUGGAAAAGAGCGGUUUGGGUAUUUGAGCCUUUUCGUGGAUGAUGAAGCUGGAGGUCUACUGGAUGAACAUUGUAAUUCUUUCUUCGGCCUCUUCUACUCUGGAGACCCAGAGGUAUGGAUCAAUCACAUCGGCCCAACGGGGGCAAUGAAGCGAUGGCUUCAAGCUGAUCGUCAGGGCAAAAUGCCCACUUUCAUUACGGAAGAGGAACGGAUGACCCACCAGAGAAUCAUGCGCGGUCAUUAUGGCUCUGCACUGAACUGGUUUCGUGUGCUUGUUUGGAAUUUGAAUGAACCUGAUGAAAAGCAGGCUACGCCAAUCAAAAUACCGCAGCCGGUGUUGAUGGUCACCUCGGCGCCGAGCCCUAUCCAACGACCCGGCGUGGAAGCGAUGAUGCAAGAAAUAGCUGAUGAUUUGACCAUCGGGGAGGUUCGGACCCAGGGUCACUGGCUCCAAUUGGAAGCAAAAGACGAGGUGAAUUCGAUUCUGAGAAACUUUUUUGAAAGAUGCGAUACGGCACCGCGAGUGUGA